AUGCAGGUGACCAUGAAGAAUGCAGUCCAGGUGUGGUUUGGAGAUGACCUUCCCUUAAGCCCACGAAGUCCUCUGACUCCCAGACAUGGGCCGGGUUUGGCAGACGUGUGCCUGUAUGACCAGUGGAUAUCUGUGCGGCAUGAAGCAACUUUGGUGCCUAUGCAAGAAGAUCUGUCAAUCUGGCUGUCUGGCUUGCUGGGAAUAGAAGUCAAAGCAGAACAACUGCUAGAAGAACUUGAUAAUGGGGAACUACUCUGCCAAUUGGUUGGCGUUCUUCAAAACACAAUUAAAAAAUGUUGUAGCUCAAGUAAUUUAAGGAGUUUUCCUAUGAGAAAAGUUCCAUGUAAGAAGGAUGCUCCAUCCGGAUCUUUUUUUGCCAGAGAUAAUACAGCCAACUUUCUUAACUGGUGUAGGGCCAUUGGAGUUGAUGAGACUUAUCUCUUUGAAUCUGAAGGUUUAGUCUUGCACAAGGAUCCAAGACAAGUGUAUCUUUGUCUGUUGGAAAUUGGGCGCAUUGUAUCCAGGUAUGGAGUUGAACCUCCUGUACUAGUAAAACUAGAGAAGGAAAUUGAGUUAGAAGAAACACUGCUGAUGACCUCUGGACCACCAUCACCUAUUAGCACAGCAAAGUCAUGUUGUCACCAUGGGGAGCUACAUGAGGCAGUUAAACAUAUAGCAGAAGAUCCUCCCUGCAGUUGUUCCCAUCGAUUUUCAAUUGAAUACUUAUCAGAGGGACGUUAUAGACUGGGAGAUAAAAUACUCUUCAUACGAAUGCUACAUGGCAAGCAUGUGAUGGUGCGUGUUGGUGGAGGCUGGGACACUCUUCAAGGUUUUCUUCUUAAAUAUGAUCCGUGCCGAGUGCUUCAGUUUGCAACUCUGGAACAAAAAAUCCUGGCAUUUCAGAAAGGGGUCACCAGUGACAGUGUCCCCAACUCGUCAGCUAGAAUUCAGGAGCCUCCUGUUAUGAAUCCAAUGUCAGCUGUCAAUAUGUUUCAAAAGCAGCCAUCAAAGCCCCCUACUCCUGCUCCAGGUCUCGGGGCCAGUGCCAAGAAGGCUUUAUCUAAACGUCCUCAGUCCCCUGCCCUGGCAUCACCAAAAGUGCCAGUGCCUCCAUCCUCCACAGCCAAGUCAUUGACAGUCAGGUCCAAAUUACAAGGGUCUUCAGCGACAGGUGUGCAGUCUCCUUUCAAACCAUUAGCAGGCACCUCAAAAAAACUGGAGCCACCUGCACACAACUCACCAGCUUCUGCUGCUUUGCAUCCUGUAAGCAAAAGCUCUUCAUCUGCAGGAACGAGGACAGCUCUUGUUCACUCCGAAACAUUGCGCAAAUGUAUUUGGUCCCCUGAUGCUCCCAAGGUGAAAUUUGCCCUGGCUCAGGGCUCCCCGGCACCGGUGCAGCAACCUGCCCUCUCAUCCUCUAAAACCCAGCCAUCUCGCUUGCCUGGGACAGCUGAAACGAUGGCUUCGAGACAGAAGUGUGUCCCUGCUAAAUGCAAACCUGCAUCUGUCGCUAAAACCAAAGCAAUUUCAGUUGCUUCAAGGGCUGCUUGGCUGCCUGUUACAAAUCUGCGUGCUGUUGCCAAGCUUACACAUUCUCAGCAGCUCCUUGCAAAACCUCCUUCUGAAAAUGCUAUUCAGACCACAGGAACUGGGUCUCAGCAUCCUCAGAAAGCUCCACAAACAGCUUCUGACCUGACAAGGAACCUGAAAAGUGCUUCAGUCCUAAAACACUCAGUUUCUGCACCUUCCCUUGGAGCUAGCAAAGCAUCAAAGUCACCAGCUAUGCUGGUAUCUACAAGCAAAAACCUAUCAUCGGCUGUCAAUAAGCAGCCAAAUGUCCGUAGACCCCUUCGGGCUGGACCCACUUCAUGCAAACCUCCUGAACGCACUCCCUUAUCUGUUGUGCGGCUUCCUCAAACUUCAGCCAAAGAGGCAGUCACCAAAAAGCCAGUGCAGCCUUCUGCAAAAGGUCAGCUUUCAACCAAAAGCUUGCAAGCAAAUGAAGGCUUGGCCCCAGCAGCCAAGAAGCUUCUCCCUAAGGGAAAAUCAGCAACGGCAUGUAACAAAGGAACACCUGGUGUAUCAAGAGGUCCUCUUACGAAGAACAAGCAAGAUGAUCACUAUUUCGUUAUGACAGGGAGUAAAAAACCCAGAAAGUAA